ACCCGUUGGUUUGUUUCCGGAAGUUCGACUGUUUUUAAUGGAUGCUUUUUGUGUUGCCUGUCUAGCUAAGUAGCAUGCCAACUAUCAUAGCCUUACUUUCUCUCCAUACAUCUGGUAUUUAUAUUUAUUAGAAUAGCCUCAUAUACAGUAAGUACUACAGCUUAUAUCUCAAAAUGGUAAAACAAUUGCAAUAGGACAGUUAUUGGGGGAGGCAAAAGCGGUUUAGUUACCAGUAUAUUUUCUGCUAAGGUUAGCUAAUGAGCUAGCUUCAUAUCAUUUUGAUAGACUGAAUCGUAACACUGACCAACCUGAACAAAAGUAGGUAAUCUUUACGAUCUCAUAACUGUAGCUAGCUACACGUAGACAGUUUGCCAUGAUGUCUGAAGCCAUCGUAACCUUCCAGUCUCAGCUCUCCGGGGUCAUGGAGACGGUCCUAAAGUCAGCCAUAUACGAGAUCACCAGGCUGGUGGAGGAUAGUUUCCUGGAAGAGGUGUUCCGGAACCGGGAGCAGGUCGAGUCGCUGAAGAAGCGGCUGCAGUGGUCGGAGAACAGUCGCAAGGAGAGGGAUAGAGAGGGAGGCCAGAGGGGGAAGUGUGCGGACUGUGGGAGAGCUGACGUGGAGACAAGCUCUGGAACCUCACAGACAGGUGUGGAGAGGGGGUGUGGCCUGAAGCAGGAGAAGGUAUCAGGGGAGGAGUGGACCAGCUGUGGGGGCGUGGCCGGGGAAACAACCUUCCAUGACCUGGAGGAGGCUGAGGCCACCAGCCCUAGGAAAAUCUCUGAGUCCACAGAGGUCGGAGGUCAGAAGCUGGACAGUCUGCUGAAAGAGGAGCCUCUCCACAACACUGAGCUACGGGAGAGAUGGGAGUUCUGCUUGGACGGGGCCGACGGUUCGGACGUCUCGGGGCCCAGUAAGAGUUUCAGUGAGCAAGCACUGCAGCAGUGCCAGGCUGACUGGGGAUCUGUUCUAGACCAGGGGCCUAAACCUCCGGGCCCCGAGGGAGACGCAGGGGAUCCCACCGACCCGCUCUACCGCCCUCGUUACAGCAUGAAAGAACUGGUGGGCGGCUUUGAAAAGUCUGGUUGCGACGGAAGUGGUGGUGGCGGCCAUCUUGCAGACAUAGAAGGGCUGGAUAGGUUUCCUGGUUCUCCGUCUCGUCUGGGGGCGAUGAGCUACGGAGCUCUGGGUCACUACCAGGUGGACCUGGGAGGGUCUGAGGGGGGAGACCAUCACCAUCGCUCCCACAUGCCUGACCCCCAUCAGAGCCAGAGGGAGCAGGUGGGGUCGCCAACGCCAUCCCCCCACCCAGAGGUGGGAGAACGGAACUGCCUGUUGAUAAACGAGGAGGGGUACCUGCAGGACUCCAGCGUCUUGUACCCUGAACACGGUGUCCCAGAGUCAGGUAGUAGAGCCGGCCACAGGGGGCUAACCUCCAUCCACUCUGGAAGCUCAGCCCACAACAACAACACAGAGAGCCUGUAUGAUGCCGCUGACGACUUUGGACACUCUUUAAACCUCAGAGAUCGUUCACAAGAGCAGGUAACAGGAAGAGUGAGAGGAGGGGGGAGGUGUCACGCCUGCAAUCAAUGCACCAAGACCUUCCCAGACUCCGUUUCUCUCAAGGCCCACAAGCAGAAACACGAAAUGGGUAGAGGGUUGAGCACAGAGUCAGGGUCUGGACCUCAAUACUCGCGCACCCAGUGCGGAAAGACCUUCACCCAGGCCUGCAACCUCAAGGUCCACCAGCGGGUCCACCAGGCAGAGGGACUUCACCUCUGCAGCCAAUGCGGCAAGGGCUUCACCUCCUUCUCCGACCUGAAGAGGCACAAGUGCAGCCAGACCACAGACAAGCCCUACUGCUGCUCCAUCUGUGGGAACAAGUUCAAUCGGCUCUGGAACCUCAAGCUGCAUCAGCGCAUUCACACACAGGAGAAACCUCACCGCUGCACUAUGUGUGACAAGCGCUUCACACGGGCAGACAAUUUGAAGGUGCACCAGCGUAUCCACACUGGGGAGAGACCGUACUGCUGCGCUGUAUGUGGACUCCGCUUCAAACAACUGGACCAUCUGAAGUCACACCAGCGCAAACACAGGCCGGAUCUCCUGAAAUGAAUUUGUUUAAAAAAAUAUAUACAGUACCAAUCAAAAGUUUGGACAUGCCUACUCAUUCAAGGGUUUUAUUUAUUUGUACUAUUUUCUACAUUGUAGAAUUAUAGUGAAGACAUCAAAACUAUGA